AAUGUUUAUUCACAAUACAGGUUCCUAUAAGGUGUCAGGACGUGGCGGUCUAUUUCUCCAUGGAGGAGUGGGAGUAUGUAGAAGGACACAAGGAUCAGUACAAGGAUCAGGUGAUUAUGGAGGAUCAGCAGCCCCUCACAUCACCAGUCAGAUCCAGUAAGAGAACAGCACCAGAGAGGUGUCCCCGUCCUCUUGAUGAACAGAAUAUGGAGGACAUUACUACAGGGAAAGAUCUGAUCUAUAUUAAUGCUACAGACAUAAAGGAAGAAGAAGAGACUGAUGUGAGCGGUAAUGAGCAGUAUAAGGAGGACAUUCCUGCAGGGAAAAAUCUGAUCAAUAUUAAUGCUACAGACAUAAAGGAAGAAGAAGAGACAGAUGUGAGUGGUGAUGAGCAGUGUAAGGAGGACAUUCCCACAGAGAAAGAUCUGAUCUAUAUUAAUGCUACAGACAUAAAGGAAGAGGAAAAGACAGAUGUGAGCGGUGAAGAGCAGUAUAAGGACAACAUUCCUACAGGGAAAGAGCUAAACAAUAUUAAUGCUACAGACAUAAAGGAAGAAGAAAAGACAGAUGUGAGUGAUGAUGAGCAGUAUAAGGAGGACAUUCUGACAGGAAAAGAUCUGGAUAAUAUUAAUGCUACUGAUAUGAAGGAAGAAGAGACAGAUGUGAGCGGUGAUGAGCAGUAUAAGGAGGACAUUCCUACAAGUAACCACCCAUAUUCUUGUACCAGGAGAUCAGAGGAGAAUCUUAUAUCUUCAGAUUACAAAGCAGAUGAUGAUAUCACACAAGAUACAUAUGAAGAACAUUCCAUUAUCCCAGAUACACCCUCAGCCCUUCACAGCCAAGAUCUGUCAUCUCAUCCUUAUAUACAGGUCCUGUCAUCUCAUUCAUCACAGGAUGUUCAGCAAAAAAACGGUCACAGAAGGGAUGUUGGACAUCAACGAGCUCAUACAGAAAAGAAACCAUAUUCAUGCUCAGAAUGUGGGAAAUGUUUUCCUUUUAAAUCACGUCUUGUUGUACAUCAAAGAAAUCACACAGGAGAGAAGCUAUUUUCAUGCUCAGAAUGUGGGAAAUGUUUUCCUUUUAAAUCCGGUCUUGUUGUACAUCAAAGAACUCACACAGGAGAGAAGCCAAUUUCAUGCUCAGAAUGUGGAAAAUGUUUUACUCGGAAAUCACAUCUUAUUCAACAUCAAAGAACUCACACAGAAGAGAAGCCAUUUUCAUGCUCAGAAUGUGGAAAAUGUUUUACUCGGAAAUCACAUCUUAUUCAACAUCAAAGAACUCACACAGGAGAGAAGCCAUUUUCAUGUUCAGAAUGUGGGAAAUGUUUUACUUUAAAAUCAAGUCUUGUUCAACAUCAAAGUGCUCACACAGGAGACAAGCCAUUUUCAUGUUCAGAAUGUGGGAAAUGUUUUACUCUGAAACCAAAUUUUAUUAAACAUCAAAGAACUCACACAGAAGAGAAGCCAUUUUCAUGCUCAGAAUGUGGGAAAUGUUUUACUGUAAAAUCAAGUCUUGUUCAACAUCAAAGAGCUCACACAGGAGAGAAGCCAUUUUCAUGUUCAGAAUGUGGGAAAUGUUUUACUGUAAAAUCAAGUCUUGUUCAACAUCAAAGAGCUCAUACAGGAGACAAGCCAUUUUCAUGUUCAGAAUGUGGGAAAUGUUUUACUGUAAAAUCAAGUUUGGUUCAACAUCAAAGAACACACACAGGAGAUAAGCCAUAUUCAUGUUCAGAAUGUGGGAAAUGUUUUACUUUUAAAUCCGGUCUUGUUGUACAUCAAAAAACUCACACAGGAGACAAGCCAUUUUCAUGUUCAGAAUGUGGGAAAUGUUUUACUCUGAAACCAAAUCUUAUUCAACAUCAAAAAACUCACACAGAAGAGAAGCAAUUUUCAUGCUUAGAAUGUGGGAAAUGUUUUACUCAGCAAUCACAUCUUAUUCGACAUCAAAGAACUCACACAGGAGAGAAGCCAUUUUUAUGUUCAGAAUGUGGGAAAUGUUUUGCUCUGAAAUCAAGUCUUGUUGUACAUCAAAGAACUCACACAGGAGAGAAGCCAAUUCAGAGCAGUAAAUGAUGCAGAUAACACAUCUAUAUAUUAUCCAUGUACAUAGGAUAUCUGACAUUUAUACAUAUAUCAUAUGCUGCAUCUCCAAACUUGUUACCAAUGGUUAAUAAAAGUUUUCUUUCUUAUAUUAUUUAUUAUUCUUAUAAUCAUCUCCGCACACUGGACUUAUAAUAAAUGUAAUAUUGUCCCUGCCGUUGUAUAUAGGGAAUGUAACGCGUCAGUGUUGUCCCCGCCCCCUUCUCAUUAUGAUUAUAGAGACUUUAAUUCAAGGCAUCAGACAGGAUCCGCGCGUCUCCCUUGAAGACCGUCUCUUCUGAACAUAAGACGCUGCAGAUACUUUUAUUUAUCACAAACCCUAGACGAGCGUUUCCCGUCUUGACGUCUAUUUUCCGUCUCAAAUCUUAAAAUCCAUUUUUCUAUAUGAGAAGUCGUCAAUAUCUCAGCGUCCCCCGGGUUCAGUAAACAUCGGUGUAAUUCUUUUCCUUUUCUUUUUCCUCCCCGGGGUAUAAAAUCCCUAGAGAUCUGAUCACAUCUGGUACAAGAUCUCUUUACUUUACACUUUGCGCCAUUAUUACACAGAUUGAAGACCCAGUUACACGCUCGUAAAUUCCCAUAUAUGUCGUGGAUUGGAAGGAAAAAGAUUCUUAAAUCUUAUAAUUACCAAAAAUACUAUUUGCUACAGUCCGUCCCUAUCAUAGUACGGAAUUGUUAUUUUUCUUCUAUCCGAUGGUUAUUUUGUAAUUUUGUUAUGAUUCAGAAGAGACCACGUGUCCCGUAUAGACGCUCACCCUGAAGACAUUAGACGGCGGUUUUGUGUUUCCGGAUUUACACACUUAUUAUAAAUCUUUUCCUUCGUCUGGAUUAUUAGAGCUCGUUAGCUCUUCUUUUUCUCAUCCUCCCCUUUAUAUUCCUCCUCAUGUGGAUAUGGAAUUCUCCUCAGUCCCUCCUUCUAUAGGGCCCAUUUUGUGGCCCCCGCACUCCUCCUUGGCCUCUCUAGUUCUUUCCUCUUUUAUAUAUAACUUUGUCGGUAUUACGAGACUGCUCUACGACUGAUUCUGAUUUCCCUUCUCCCCUAACCCCACUUUCUUUAUACCCUAUGGUUAUUACUAAACACAUUUUCCCUAUUCCCCUUUGUGGGAACGUUUACAUUCUUUUACGUUACGAGAUUUAUAUUCUUCUACUAAGACUUUGGCCAUAGAGGAAUCUCAGGCUUUCUGGGGUUUUAUAAGUAAAUUUAUCUUUACUCUCCAAUGUUUUAAGCAUUAUACUAACAUACGUCCCCAAAAUUGGUUAGAGAGAUUGUAUUUAUUUCCUAAAUAAUAAUACUAUCUAAGCUUUAUUCUUAUUUGA